AUCUCCGUCUCAUCAGCUUUCGCUUUCACGGCUUACCACACCAUUUCUCGGCCUCUUUUUCACCCUCCCUGGGGCUCCUUCGCCUUUUGCAGAAAGAAAGGCACCCCGAACCCAACCAACAACAACACCGGCAGCGACCGAGCGAGCGAGCGGCUCAAAGGAGAAAGGGAAAGAAACAGAGAGAAAAAAAAAUAAAAGGCGAGGGACGACGGGGGAAGAGAAGCAAAAGAAGGCAAGGCAAGGCUACAGCAGCGGAGACAGAGAGCGAGACCAGGGCCAAGGCAGCGAGCCAGAGGCCCGGCGCGCUCGGAAAGUGCGGAGCCGUUUCCCCUCCACCUCCACUCUCUCCAGACUCCAGGGCCAGCAGAGAGAGACCAGCCAGCCAGGUGCUCUCGCUGCCCCGCGUGCGUACGUGCGGGUGGUGAUCGCCAUGUCGUCUCCCGCGGGCGGCGGGUACGGAGGCGGUGCCGGGAGCGGCGCCGAGCCUGCACACCACCAUGGUCAUGCUCACGGGCACCUGCUGCUUCAGCACCACUAUGCACAUCACGUGGCCGCGGCGGCGGCGGCUGCCGCGGGCGGGCAGAUGUACCACGUCCCGCAGCACAGCCGGCGCGAGAAGCUCCGGUUCCCGCCAGACGGUGCCGCCGCCUCGGAUUCGCCCGCGACUCAACAACUCGCCCCGCAGCAGCACGGGGCUCCUGGGGCGUGGCCGCCUCCGGCGUUCUACUCCUACGCGUCCUCUUCCUCGUCCUACUCCCCGCACAGCCCGACCACGCUGCCGCAGCAGACAGUCCCAUCCAACGGGCUCACCGCCGCGCCUCAGCAGCUCCCGCAGAUCCCGGCGCAGCAGAACUUCUCGCUGUCCCUCUCCUCCGCGUCGUCCAAUCCUCCCGCGACGCCCAGGAGGCAGCCGCAGCAGCAGCUAGCAGGAGCACGAGGCCCUGCUGCACCGGCAGCGGCCACUGGCCCGUACGGCCCUUUCACGGGCUACGCCACGGUGCUCGGGCGGUCCAGGUUCCUCGACCCGGCGCAGAAGCUGCUCGAGGAGAUCUGCGACGUGGGCGGCGCCGGCGCGCACGUCGACCGCAGCGUCCCCGGCGAGGACCUGCUCGACGCGGAUCCCGUGGACGUCGAAGACCACGACGUCGUCGGUCACGAGCUCGACGCCGCCACCGACCGCGACGCUGGCUCCAUGUCAGGCGCCGAGCAGCACUGGAAGAAGACGAGGCUCAUCUCCAUGAUGGAAGAGGUUUGCAAGAGGUACCGGCAGUACUACCAGCAGGUCCAGGCCGUGAUCGCCUCGUUUGAGACCGUCGCUGGGUUUAGCAACGCAGCCCCGUUCGCGGCGAUGGCUCUGAGGGUGAUGGCCAAGCACUUCAAGUGCUUGAAGAGCAUGAUUCUGAACCAGCUGCGCAACACGAGCAAGAUUGCCGUCAAAGAAGGCAUGAGCAAGGAUAUCGUCGUCUUUGGGCUUGGCGGCGGCGGCGGCGGCGGCGCUGGCUUCCAAAGAGGGAGCAGCGUGAAUGGCUUCGGCCAGCCCAACAACAUCUGGCGGCCUCAGAGGGGUCUCCCAGAACGCUCUGUGUCUGUUCUCCGCGCUUGGCUGUUCGAGCACUUCCUGCAUCCGUAUCCUACUGAUGGUGACAAGCAAAUGCUGGCUAAACAAACUGGUUUAACAAGGAAUCAGGUGUCAAACUGGUUUAUUAACGCGAGGGUUAGACUCUGGAAGCCAAUGGUGGAAGAAAUUCACAACCUAGAGAUGAAGAUCCACAAGCGCUCGGCUCCGGACAAGGGGCAGCAUGGCAUUCACAACCUCACACAGCAUUCCUCGCAGUGCAGCGGGAAGCGCUCUGAGCCUUGCGAUUCGCAGCCAGGGCAAAUCAGCAGCAUCACAAGGAACCACCACACCCCUGCUUCCCACGGCUUCCCGGACGAACUCUCCCAGAUGUCACAAUCCAUCCAACAGAGCCAGGUGAGCUUAGCCUACAACAGGUUGUCCUCGCAGCACAACAUGGCAUCGCCACAGCACCAGCAUGUCAGCGGAGUCGGCGGGGCGGGGAGCAGCAGCGUCUCCCUCACGCUCGGCCUCCACCAGAACAACAGGGUCUGCUUCGGUGAGCCGCUCCAGUCUGCGCUACCGGCCAACCUUGCCCACCGGUUCGGUCUGGAGGAUGUCAAUGACGCCUACGCGAUGAGCUCAUUCGCAGGCCAGGAUCGGCAUUUCACCAAGGAUAUUGGUGGCCACUUGCUUCAUGAUUUCGUCGGGUGAUGCAUGCUGCUCCAUGGCUGCGGCCUCGGCUUGCUCCCUGCUGAUGCACAUGUAAUGUACGCACCUAUUAGUACGCUAGGAUGGUAUAUAAGUCAGUCAAUCACUUGGCGGCUUGGCUUGUUCGAUCUGAAUCCAUUUCUUUGGAGGGCGGAAGAAACAUUGACAUGCCCUUCCAUGUAGAUCCAGGUAUGCUGUUCAACACUUUGUGGGCAACACAAAUGAGAGCUUGACAGUACCUUCCAAAAGGAAUGACAUUUGCCAUUUGUUCUUAGCUCUUAGGAUUGGACUGGUGAUGAUGAAAUGGAUGCCUUUGUUGGCUUGGGUGAUUUGUGCUGUGUAGUGCCCCCACAUGGCUAGAAAAAAGGUUGCUCUUGUUUAUGGACAAGAGUGUUACUAUUACUGUACUACAGCUGAAGCUUCAACUGGUCUCUGUAGAAUAUGACUUCCUUUUAGCCUGUCUUGUUAACCUUUCUAUGAAACUGUUUGUGUUAGACUUUC